AAAGUAAUGUUAUUAUGCAAACGCAUUGGGCUUGGCGUUGUGUUUGUUUUGUUUUCUUGCACCGCAUUCAAUAUCUCUCUUUCUUCUAUUUUGUCCUGAUCAGCUUUGUUCAGUUUCUUUCUUUCUUUUCCCAAACACACUUAGUUUCGAAUUCCUGUAUUUUCAACAACGGAGCGUCCAACCCAUCCGUUUUCCGUUGGCGUCAUUGAAGCACAUCACGGGAUCUCUCUCUCUCUCUCUCUCUCUCUCUCUCUCUGUGUGGUCGACAUGAGUCAACUCGGUCUCAUAUUGCAGGAAUCGCUCCGCACCGAGAGAGAAGCAAGAACCAUUCUGGGUUUGUUAACGGAGCAAAUGGACAGCGUCGGUAGAGGCCAACGGAGGAGACGGACCCUCAAAGAACGCCUCAGAUUCACCGGAAUCGGCUGUUGUGGAGCCACGUGGGUUUUCCGUCCAAUUGUCAGGGACGAAGGAGGAGGGGCACAAGCACAACAACAGCCGCAGGAAACAAAUGCGGGUCAAGAUCCGAAUCAUACUGGGCCCGAACAUGUGGGUCCGAGUCAGUCGAGUUCGGGAAUGAAUCUUGCGGCGGCGCUGGCGGCGGAGCGUCAGUUCCGUGAGGGUGAGGGGACGCCUUUGAGGGUGUCGUUGAUGCGGCUGUUGGAGGAAACAGAGGGUGGGGAUGCGGCGGUGGAAGCAGUGGGGAAUGAUUGGGUGUGCUGCGUGUGCAUGGGAAGGAAGAAAGGCGCGGCAUUCAUCCCGUGUGGGCACACAUUCUGUAGGGUGUGUUCGAGGGAGCUGUGGUUGAACAGAGGUACUUGUCCCCUUUGCAACCGUUCCAUACUCGAGAUUCUCGACAUCUUCUGAAAUCAUCACCCUUUUUCUUGGAUCCUUCUCGCCCACACAUUCAUACAGCCCAACUAAAAUAAUAAUUGGUGUAUUUUAUUUCUCUAGUACUAGCUUUGUAGCUAUCUUUGCUUCACUCAUAUGAUAUGGGUGUGUAUCUGUGUAUACACCUGCAAGCAAAGCCAUGUCUCGGAUCUUUUAAUUUUGUUUGAAAUUCAUAUAUGCUAAUGUUGGGAUAAAUUUGGCGCUUCAAUGAUCACAUUUCUAGCAAGGGGGACCAUUUUCA